AUAAAUAGUGCAAGAAUUAGCUAUGUUAGCAUGCUGAACUCGUAUGUUAAACACAUUAUAGGAGCUAAACAGGAGCUUGAUAGCAUUGUGAGCAUGUUAGCAUAAAGCUAAUAGCCUCAGUCCAGCCUCUCAGAGAAUGAACACAUGAACACACAGUGACCUUAUUGAGUAACAGCCAUAAAAGCCAUUGAUUACCUUUUACAACAUGCUAACAGCUCCUAAGCUACUUGCACACGUUACAGACGAGCUGUACCUCGACUGAAGCUGCUUCUUCUAUCUUCAAAACAACAUGCUUCACUCAGAGGAGGAGAUCAUGUGCUGUAGUUAAAGGACAGACAGUAAGAUGAUGCUUCUGUGGCUGUUUUCUGCCUUUUCUCUGGUGUUUUUGACCCCAGUGUGUGACGCAGUGUGUUCAGCUCAGGAGUUCAGCUGCUCUCAGGAUCUGUGUGUGUCCGAGGGAAGUGUGUGUGACUUCACUGACGACUGUGGAGAUUACAGCGAUGAGGAAAACUGCUCUGGAUAUAAGAGGUGUGGUUUUGAAGAUGGAUUCUGUGACUUGAUGCAGAGCUCAGAGUCCAGAUGGAUCAGAACUACCGAGGCUCCUGGACUCAAACACGACCACUCAAACACAUCAGCUCACUUCCUGUCCCUUUCACCUGGAACCAGAACCUCUGCAGACCUGAUCAGUCCUUUCUUCCUGCCCACUGAAACCUGCCAGCUGAGAGACCCUCAAAUAACAUCUGUUUGAACAUUAAAGCACAGGAGAAAUGUUACUUUAGUGGGAAUGCUGACACAGCAUUCCCACUAAAGAACGAGAGAGGAGACGAGGACACGAGAGAGGAGAGACGAGGACAUGAGAGAGGAGA